CCACUCACCACCCACUGACAGUAGUAUGAGAACAUCAGCUGUACAUUCAACAGUCAUCUGUCUUGACUCUAGUGUUUUUGUUGGCGAGCAAUGGAGAGUUGAUAUCCAGUCUAGGUUAUAUCGUGUGAUGAUUUUCUAUUUGCAAUGAAUGUUAGAGCUGGGCUUUUAGGGAUUUCUAUAUAUUUAAGCUCUAUUGUUAUUGCGGAAGAGUCUAUGAACUACACCACAAAUUGUGCCGAUCUUCUGAUGGGGCAAUACAUUUGCCCUGAUCCAUCAUACGACUAUAUAGAUCCCAAAACACAGCAACCUUACGGCUGUACGGAAAAAAACGUAGCUAAAGUUCGUUGCCGUGCAAGUGAUGAAAUAAUUUGUGCAGAGUCUGGCAAUUCAACCUUCGAGAGAGAGAUGCCAUGCAAAUGGACCAAUGGCUACUCCUUUGAAACUGCCAUGCUGCUGUCUGUAUUUUUAGGAAUGUUUGGUGCAGAUAGAUUUUAUUUAGGUUAUCCUGCAAUUGGACUGUUAAAACUUUGCACCUUAGGUUUUAUGUUUAUGGGCCAGCUCUUAGAUAUUAUUUUGAUUGCCACUCAACGGGUGGGACCAGCAGAUGGAAGCCACUAUGUCAUACCAUACUAUGGGGCUGGCUUAGAAAUUGUUCGUAGUAAUAAUUGGACUUACAAAUUGCCUCAGGAUGAUUGGUGACAUUGAUUGAUUGUAUGCAGCCCAGCAUAGACCUGCAUACAAUCUCCAAUUGUAUAAUCUUGUGGGUAAAAUCAACGACAAGGUUACAUGUACUAAAAAGUGUUAAACUCACUCUUAAUUCUAUGCAAAAUGUGUGUUAUCUCCUGUUUUCUCCUGAUCUUCUCUUUAGUUUGAGUUUUUAAAGGGUUCAAGCUUUUUGACAGUAAAUUUACAGUUGGAUAUAAUUUUUUGGGGUAAAUUUUCUUUUUAUUAUUGUUGUUUGUUUUCUCUUCUGGACUAACAUUUUUAAUGCAGCAAUUGAGCAGUUUCAUGACAAAUUUGACAGUCUAGCUAAUUCUAAAGGCUUAUGCAGUGCUCAAAUGUUUGUGGAGAAACAUGCAUUGUACCUGGUAUUUUUUAAUAUUUGUUUUUCUGUCAUAAAUUUUGUGUUUUUUAUUAUUGCAUCAUUAAUUACUGUAAAGAAGUAUUCUUGUUGGUGUUGUCUCUAAAUAUGGGAAAUGGCAUGUCAACUGCACAGGGUUCACAAAUGGAUACACAAAUAGUAUUCAAAUUCUAUGUUGUGACAAGAUUAGGGUUUCUAUAACUCCUCUCAAGCUUUAAUGCUAUGACAGACUGAUAUAGAUUUAGUAGGAACUCUUUGAUUGCUUGGAAAAUAGAGUUUAGGUUUGACUUACAUUGAUUUGAUGCCAGGAUCCUCAAGGAAAUGGCCAAGUAAAGUAGGAUGUUCUGAAUUUCACAUGUUUUGGGAGGAAAUACUAGCAUGAGAGUUGGAGGAUGUAUUGUUUUUUUUUUAAAUGGCUCAUUAUUGUAAAAGCAGUAGCCUCUGUUCCUGCUGUAAUUAGGUACUUUUCACUUCAUUCGCCAGGCUUCUUUGUAUUGAGCACAACUCUGAAACUACUUCUGGAUUUGUGCUGAUCUCUUUUUGCUAGCUGCUUUGCAAUCCAGAUAAAUGAUUUCCAGAUCUCAUAGUUGCUUCAAAUUUAUUUAUGAAAUAUGCUUUACUAGUAUUUCAUUUAACUAUUGAAUUACCUCUGCAUAUUUUCUCAGAAAGGCUUUUUAACUGUCAAAGGACUGCAAGGAAAAUCAUCUGAUGUAUCCCAAAAUUCUCUAAUACUUCUAUCAAAUUUAUGGUUUAUUUUGAUGACAUAUAGAAAUGUAAAACAAUUUCAUCCUAUGUGAAACAUUUCAGGGGAAUGAAGACAUUUAAAAUUGCAAGGAUUUGUACUUUGACUAUCAGCCUUAGGAAGAAUGAUAUGCUUUUUAAUUUAAUUUUCAUUUUAUCUCAUGUGUGCCAUUUUUGUUGUGAUCCUUACAUAAUUUUUCAGGCAUUUAUGCACAUUUAAUUGUUAAUUUAUGAGUGGAUGGCUGCAAUUCUAACCAUUCAAACUUUGUUAUGUGAUAUAAUAGCUUCUAUUGUUACUUGUUAUUGACUCGUGCUUUCCUGAAACGUACGCAGUUAGGCAACGUAUGCCUGUUGUGUAAUUUGCUGGGAGCCUGCGAGAAAGAAGUCACAAAUCUGUACAUAUGUUGAUGCCCGAUAAUUUCAUAGUGACGUCUAUGGACUUCCUGGUUUUCUCAUGUACAAACUGUAAAUAAACCAUUUUUUUUACAAUUGA